AUGCGUCUUCAUAUGAGCUCUCUAAAACUUCUGUUUGUUGUAGUGGUAUGUGGGUUUACUAGUUCGUGUACAGCUCAGAGUCUGAUUCAUAAGGAUAACUACAUCUAUUUUAAUGUAUCUGGUUGCUUGGCAUUCUUUGCUCGUUCGAUAUCCGUAAAAUUCGUUAGCGGUAAAGCAGCCAGUAUCGUCCCUAUACCGGCAAGUUCAUUGUCACUUUCUCCACUCAGUAAAUGCUCUGAUCUAAAAUCGUUGCUCGUUUUCACAUCAUCAAAUGUUAGUGAAAUCUCCGACCUUAAUGUCAGCUUGGGUUUUAUCAAGUCUGGUCGUUAUUGGAGUGUGUCUGAAUCAUCCGUUAGUAUCAAGUGUCAAUCGGGUUCCAAAUCAUGCGUCAAUGUAGCUGGAAAUCCCUUGGUUAUGAAAUGGGCUGGAGCCCCUAUCAAUCUUGGUUACAAGUGCACUAAGCCUUCAGCUGCACCAGUAAUCUUACCGUCAGAUUCUGGGAAUUCAGUUUCUCUUCAGUUUGCUAGCAUCCAGGUUCAACCAUUCGGCGUAAAAGAUGGUGUGUUUGGUGAUGUCACAGAUUGUGUCGGGUACUUCAGUAUUGGUGUUUGGUCAUCGCUGAUUGUUUCCAUUCUUUUGGUUUCUAUUUUAACAUAUGGUUUAGUUAUGUUGGCAUCUGUACAGCCUAGUGAAAUAUAUGAAGAUCCUAAAAAGAAAAUGAUUCAGCUGGGUGCUGAUAACUAA